AAAAAUAAAAGUGCACGCAUAAAAUUGCAAAAUUCACACCAUUAUCGGGUAAAUGUGCACGUAAAAGCGGAUUCAAGUCAAAGAACAAGCAAAAAUGGACGAUCUGGAGUUGGAUACGGCACAGGAAAGAUAUUUCCAUGACUUGUUCUUAUGCUGCGAGUCGGAAGGAAAGGUGCCAGCCUUGAGAGCUACGGAGCUGUUUCGCUCUGCAAAUUUAUCAAAUCAAAUUAUCACACAGAUAACACUAUUGGCUGGUGUACCACAAACGGCCUUGCAUCUAUCCAAGCGACAAUUUUACUCGUGCUUAAAGUUGAUUAGUGCACACCAAGCGAAUCUUCCGUUGCGCGAGGAGAUAAUUACGAGUAGUAUGGUGGCAUUGUCGUUGCCAAAAUUUAAUUGGAAAGAUUCGCCUCCGUUGGAUGGCACGUCGUCGUCGUCGUCGGCAGCAGCAGUAGAUAGAAAUGGAAUUAUUGACAAGCAGGGAACAGGUUCGUCGACAACUUCCGCGAAUCGGCAAUGGAUCGAAGUACGAAGUCCGGACCUGAUUGAGUUGGCAGCGAACAAAAAUGACGCAGGAACGCACGAAGUAGGGACCAGUGAUUUACAAAGUACCGAUUCGGAAGUUGAGCCGGGCGAACAAGUGCCGCGAAAAGGAUCGCCCGAAGCCUGGAGCACGGCAAGUGAUAGUCCCACGCCGACAAAUAGCGUCGUUGCGGAUCGCCCAUGGGCUAAGGGCGCAAUGUGGCUUUGCGAGGAACAACGACAACUGCUUGGCACGGAGGAGGAGUCGAGUGAUAGGCAUAGCAGCGACGACGAUCACGACAUCGAUCUCGAGUCCGUGUACCAGAUUUUGCCGGAGCAGCAAGAGUAUUACGUGAAGCAGUUUCGUGCCGUGCAACCUGAUAUUAAUGGCCUGUUGUCGGGUCAUAUUGCCAAAGUAUUUUUCGAAAAGUCGCGCAUUCCCGUGGACGAGUUGCGACACAUCUGGCAAUUGUGCGACGUGACGCGCGACGGCGCUUUGAGCCUUAACGAAUUUAUUGCUGCGAUGCAUUUAGUGGUGCUGCGACGGAAUAAUAUUCCGAUACCGGCAACGUUGCCGCCCAAUUUGGUGGAAAAAUUACAAUUGGUUGCGCCGUCGAAGCAGGAGGCAGCCGAAGCGGAUCUCUUACAUCUCGAAAGUGAUGACAAUAAUGAACAUUUAAUUCCCCGCAAAGGACGUGAUUACACGAAAGCGCCUCCUCUUCCCGCAACGUCAUCAAGUAGCAGUAAACAAGUUGUUUCCAGACCCGAAUCUUCGUCUCCCUCAAAGGCAGAUCCAUCGUCUCCCGACUCAUCAUCGACCGCAACAAAUGUCGUCACAAAAACUACCACAACAAAAAAAGAAUGGACAAAAUUUCCCGAAUCCCCAACUUCCUCGAAUCUAUCAAGUCCCGGCCCAAAACCCGUGAACUUUGACUUGCAACGUACUACGCAGGCAAUCGUUUCUGAUCCGCAAAUUUUGCAUCCCGUACCGUUACGCGUGACGCCCGAAGUUGUCGACGAGGACUUGCAUCGUCGAAAAACCACGGAAUCCGGCUUGGUUUACGAAGCAGGUGUCAUAAUUCGCGAAAAUACAAGUCCAAAAGUGCAAAAUUCCACAACGACGACGUCACAUUCGCGCGAUUCGAGCGACAUUCGCCCGAUUCAACGACCACAGCCGAAGAAAAUGUCGUCGAAGGGGGCAAUUCCGCCGCCGCCUCAACGCGAACCCAGUCUCACGACAACUGACAGUAUUGAUGCGCCAUCGAGUGUUGCCGCUGCUGCGCCAGUUGGACCGAAUCACAGUUUUGCCGGAUUGCCCAGUAAGAAGGAACCGCCGCCAUUGCCGCCUCCAAGACCAAACAGACAUCAUCGAAGUAGUAGCUUGGAUCUGAAAAAAUUAAAAUUAGGAAAUGACGAACAAGGUCAACCGACAACGACAGGCCCACAUUUGCAACCAAUGGCAUCUUAUGAUGGUUACAUGGAAUCAGGAAAUGCUGCUGAAUUCGCGAAUUUUGCUCAUUUUCCUGAUGGUAGCAAGGACAACAAAGCAUCCGGCGAUCACUCGAAACAACCGCCUCAACCGUUCCCGCGCAGCAGUUUGACAAAUUCCCUCAUCGGUAAUCGUUCGUCUGCCUUCGAGGUGUACCGCAAACCAAAUCACACCUCGUCCUCUCGAAAUUCCCAGUCGCCGCACGAAGUUGCAAUGGUAACCGCUGCUGCUGCCGUAAACGGCAACACAAUGUCGCAAAUGGAGUACGAGAAACGCGUAAUUGCCAUCAGUGACAAUCUCCGUUUGGUACGAAUCAAGCCGGGCGAAACGAUGGUUGACGUGCUGAAGCAUUUGAAGGAGCAAAAUCACCUGUUGUUGCGUCUUUGCAACGACUUGAGUGAAGAACUUUUGGGCGUGCAAUACAAACGUGAGGAGCUACGUUUGAAAAUCGAAAAUGCGGCGACAUCCGCCAACAAUGGGCAACUCACGAGUAAUCAGGCAAACAUUUAAAUAUGUGAAAACGAAUGAAUUUCUCCAUUAUUUUUUUUUUGGCUUUGACAUAUUUGUACACAUAAAUUUUGUAGACAAAAAAAAAAGCUUUGUAAGUGAUUGAAAGAAGAAAGUUGAUCCUUUUUUGUGUAAAAAAAAUGAUAAUAAAUUUAAAGAAAAUAGUAAAUGUACUAAAAAAAUGAAAGAAAAUGCAACGGAAAAAUUUUCUACUACUUUAUCAUGUUGUUGUACAACCAAUAGUAUCUUGCUCUGUGCCAUAAAAACUUUUUUCCUUUUUAAAAAAUAUCAAAAUUUAGAGUAAAUUUUGCAUUUUAACGCAAGUAAUUUUAAAAGACUACAAAACGACUAUCAAUUUAGCUUCUUUUUUACUCUAUCUCGUAGGAAAAAAUACAAUUUUAAGCUCAAAAACGCGAUUCAAAAUCCUCUCCGUACUGAAAAUGUUUCCUUUUUUCCCCCACAAAUAAUCUAGAAGCAAUUUCCGUUGUUUCGUUAUUAACAUAAAAUAGAUUCAAACAAAAGAAAUUUAAAAAAAUAGAAAAAACCGUUAUUAAUGUUACAAAAUAAUAAAAUAAAUAUAAAAAAUUUAAUAGACAUCCACAAACAAAAUAUAACAAAUAUUUAAUUAAAGAGAGAGAAAAAAACUUAUUAAUUGCAC